AUGAAGUCCGUUAUUUUCGCCACCGCACUCUUCGUCGCCGCCGCCUCUGCGCAGUUCACCGUCAACACCCCCUCGAACGUCGUCGAGUGCCAGCCUCUUCAAAUUGUCUGGACCGGUGGCUCUGGUGACACCUACCUUAGCGUUCUCCCUGGUGAUGAUCCCACCGGUACCGCUGUCGUUGACUUCGGCCAGCAGACCUCUCCUUACACCUGGACUGCCGUGAACGUUACUUCCGGCACUUCUCUCGGUAUCACCGUCCGUGACUCUACCGGUGCUCUUGCCCAGACCGCUGCGUUCACCGUCAACUCCGGCAGCGACUCCAGCUGCUUGACCUCGUCCGGUUCCUCGACCACCGCCUCCGCUGCCUCCAGCGCCUCUGGAUCCAGCUCCAGUUCGUCGACAGCCUCUGCUUCUUCUACCUCCGCCGCCGCCACGUCCUCAUCAGUUUCAUCCGCCUCAUCUUCCUCUUCAGCUUCAGCCGCCAGCGGAUCGUCCUCCGCUUCCAAGAGCACCGGCUCCAGCAGCUCCGGCUCGUCCACUGCCACCUCUGCGGCUUCGAGCUCUUCCAGCUCCUCCGCUGCCGCCCCGACUCUCGCCGCUCAAUACGGUGCUGCCGGUGUCCUCGGUGCCCUCGCCGCUGCCGUCCUCCUCUAAAUUCCUCUCUUUCGCAUUUAGCGAAAAGUGCGGUGGACAGGAUGCGGUUCAAUGCGGUUAUUGGUUCUCAUUUUUAGGCUUUUGGUCGGGACAACGACUCAUGGUGGUUAGGUUACGUUCAUAAAGUCUGUGCGCGCGAGAUUGAUUGAACAGAUGGACCCGAGUUCGCGAUACCUCGUUCAUUUUAUACAGCUCGUCCUUCUCUGUCUCUUUCUCUCUUCCCCAAACAAACUAUUCCUCGGUCUCUGUGUCCAUACUCCUAUCUGACAGUUUCCACGGCGCGGGCCAAGUCUACACUUUCUAUCUCUGAAUUUGGAAGUGUGCAUUUGGUGACUUUAUUGUUCAUGGCCUACCGUGUCCGUUGUCCUUCAUUUUGUACAGCAUCGGCGUUGGAUGAACACUUUCUCAGUCCGUCUGGCGUCCGUUUUUCAUAGGUACCUUCGCACCCCCCUCCAUUAUCCGUUUGUGUUUGGCUUUUCUUACCUUACAGAGCCUUUCCUUGUUUGUACUUCCCUCAUGGCCUCACGUCCCGGUUAAUGCAUGGUUAUGCCCUUCCC